AUGAUACUCAAAAAAAAAGAUUCAAGUAUUACUAAGACUAACAGUAAGGCUGACUUAAAGCACAGCAUCUGCAGUAAUAAUACAAAUGUGUUAAAAACACAACUUGUAGAGCUGCAAAAAAAAAAAGAUCUGAUAGCAAGUAACAUUAAACAACUAAAAAUACAACUUUUAGAGGAUCAUAAGAAAUUUGUACCAACAGAGGACGCUAACAGAAUUUGUGUUUCAAAAAGUACAGAUACCGAUACAGACACACUUUGUUCUACAAUCAUUAAGUCACACAUUGAGAAUUUAAAAACUUUGAAUGAAUUUAAAGACUUAGCUUUAAGAUUAGUUAUUAUCAUAGCAGCUGAAAAGAACUGUACUACAAAGGAGGUUUUCCAAGAAAUGGGAUUCUCUGAUUUGUUUUAG